AUGGCAAUCACCACCACUCUUUCCUUUUCCUUCUCCUUCUCCACACCCUUUCGUAGCUUCCAAUUCCAAACUCCACCAUCAUCGCACCCCACAAGACUCUCUAUCUCAUGCCACUCUUCAUCACCACCCUCCAGCGACCCUCUCCGCGUGGCCUUCGCCGGCGGCGGAACCGGCAGCAACGUCUACCCAGCGGUGUCCAUUGCGGAGGAACUCAAAGCCCUGAACCCCGCGUGUCAGUUUCUCUUCCUUGGAGCCCCCAACAGCGUGGAAAGUGCCGCAAUCUCCUCCGCAGGCUACGACUUCGCCUCUGUCCCCUCACCACCCGACACCAACCCUCUCUUCUUCCCUCACCGUUUCUUCAACUCUCUCCUCCAAUGCCUCUUCCACCUCCGAAACUUCCAACCCCACGUUCUUGUCGGCACGGGCGGCUACAUCUCUUUCCCCGCCUGCCUCGCCGCCAAGCUCCGAGGCACCAACUUUGUCAUCCACGAACCCAACUCCGUCCCCGGCUUCUCCAACACCCUUCUCUCCUCCUUUGCCGACGCCAUCUUCGUUGCUUUCAACUCCACCCUCGACAACUUUCCCAGAAACAAGUGUUUCGUGUGUGGCAACCCCGUGAGGUUGUCUAUUAGGAACCUUGUCUCCAAGGAAACCGCCAUGUGUCGUUUUUUUCCGGGUUCGAAUUGUGGGGACAGGGUUUUGUUGGUUCUUGCUGGCUCCUAUGGCGCCAAUGCUGUUAACAUUGCGAUGCUGAAUUUGUACUAUCAGAUGCUGAGACGGGAUAGUGGCUUGCAUGUUAUAUGGCAGACUGGGGUUGAAGCCUUUGAUGAAAUGGAUAGCCUUGUCAAGAGUCAUCCACGCUUGUAUAUGACACCGUUCAUGCAUUGCAUGGAUUUGGCAUAUGCAGCGGCAGACUUGAUUGUUUCUAGAGCAGGUGCAAUGACUUGCUAUGAGAUAUUGGCAACUGGGAAACCAUCAAUCCUGAUACCUUCGCCAAAUUUCUCUGAGGGGAAUCAGUUCAGAAAUGCAUCCUUGAUGGCAGACUUAGCUGGUGUGACUGUAAUAACUGAGGAUGAGCUAGACUCAAGUACACUAGCCAUUGCAAUUGAAAAGAUUUUAAGGGACCAGAAGAAGAUGGAAGAUAUGUCUGAGAGGGCUCUGAAAGCUGCAAACCCCAAUGCCUCAGCUGAGAUUGCAAAACACAUUCUCUCUCUUGUGAAUGAAUCUACCAAAAAGAAAAGAGAUGGCCACAAAGUAGAAUCGUAG